UCCUGUGAAGCCAGAGGUCGCCGGCAGUACUAAAGAUGGCCGCGCCUUCAAACGGCGUGUGUAUGCGCUGCAUGUGAAAACAAAACAAUCUAUUUUUCUGUUUAGAUUUUGAACAUAAAAAAGAAAACACAGAUAUAAACGGCAGCUGGUUUUCAGUAGACUCUAGAUACCGGGGGAAUGUCUCUUUUGAGAGGAAUUCGUGGGAAGUGGAGAGUUUUCGGCGGUUCGUUGUCGGCUGGCGUGGAUUUGAAGGACGCAGGGACAGCAACGGCUGUGCGCUUCUCCUCCAGUUCCGUGUCUCCGCGGCCCCGCGACGGGGAGGGGGAGAGCGGCGAGGUGGGGCAGCGGGUCCCGGGGGGCAGUGCGGAGCUGGUGAACCCCCGAUUCGUGAACCGGAACCCCAGAAACCUGGAGCGCAUGUCGUUGGCGAUGAAGGACCGGGGCUGGGAGACAGUGUGGCCGAGUAGGGCUUGCUGGCACAGGCUGUGUGUUCAGCGCUCCCAGCACCACAUCUCAGCCCACGUGGAGCACGUUCCCUCUGGGGAGGUGGUGGUCUCUGCCUCCACGCAGGAGUGGGCUGUGAAGAGGCACCUGUACUGCACCCGGGACGUCAUGGCCAGCGAGAGCGUGGGCAGGGUGCUGGCACAGCGCUGCCUCGAAUCCGGGGUACAGCAUGUCCACUUCAGAGCUGUGCCUAUGCAGAUUGAAGCUCAGGGGGGCUGUCUGAAUCGUAUGCAGAGGUUUCGUGCUGCGCUAAAGGAAGGUGGAAUUAUUCUCAGUGAACCCAGAAGAAUCUACAAGUAACAGACGAGACAGCGAGCAGUUUUGACAUAGCUUUUAAUUCUGCGAGUCUCUGAUAAGCAUUAAGGAUAUCGCAUCGUGACAUCAAACCGAGCCCAAACUAGAGCUGGGCUGCUGGACUGGACUGUUUCACCUAACAGUUUUUUAUUGAUCGUUUCGAUGAAUGUUUAAGUGAGGUUCGCUAACUAACAGCCACGGGUAAUUAAUAAAUGGCUCAGUCACGAGGGGGUGUGAUUUUACUUUGCACGGAUCAAUAAGUGAUCAGUUCUGUGAGUUCCAGUGGGUUUGUACGGGGUGUAAUUCAUCUGCUGUAAUUCGUGUCAAAAUGCUUUCAUAAUAAAACUCAAACUCGCUCUA